UCAAUUAUCAAGUCUUAUCAAUAGUGUCCAAUUUAGUUUAUUUUACGACAUGUGUUGGGUGUGUGAGUGAUAUGAGAUUUUUACCCAGUUUUUUAUUAUGACAACUGAUGUAAAGAAAAAUGUCCAAAAAACACGAGAAUAAAACUAAUGUCGAUUACAAGGCACGACUUGAGUACAAAUUGUACUUGGCCAGGGAGAAUCCGGAGCCAAUAUUUGAUGUAUCAGAAUGUGCCUUGAAGCAUGUACCAUCAGGUAUUUACUCGCUUUGCAAGGUGUUCCGGAAGGAAAGUUUGUUAAUGUAUAGUAACAAGUUAAACUCGCUCUCAGGCGGAGGUGCCUUAGCCGAUCUGUCAUUAUUGACUAUAUUAGAUAUUCAUGGAAACGAGUUUACCACGUUACCUUCUGACAUUAUGCAUCUUUCUUCCCUUAAGGAACUUUACUUGCAAGACAACAACAUCCGCAAACUGCCUAACGAGAUAGCUCUUUUAAAUAAGCUAACAAUUCUGAAUGUUGCAAGAAAUAACCUGAAACAGCUGCCUGAGGACAUUGGACAGCUGCAACAACUUAUUACUUUUGACAUCAGUCACAAUAAAUCGUUGCAGAAAUUGCCGAAGUCUCUGGGAUAUACUCAACAAUUAGCUAAUCUGAAUAUCGAUGGGUUAAAUGUGUUGUAUCCACCUGAAGAUAUUUUACAUGGCGGUACAAUAGUGAUUGUCGCAUUUAUGGCAAACGAGUGCGGCAUCGCGUAUUCGCCAGAAGAUUCAGUAGCAAAGAUCAAUAUCUUAAAAGAUGGAAGCUCAGAAAAUAUGCAAACGGCAUGUUGCAAUAAAAAUAAUGAUGUGCAGGUAGCAUUACAGAAGCUAGACAAAAUAAAGGAAAAUCGCCAGAAUGCCUUGCUAAAAGUGGAGAAAAACAUAAAACAGCAACAAAAGUAUGAGAUAAAUGUGCAGCAUACGCUAAAGGCUCAUAGAAAAAAGCUAUUGGAAGAUUUAACACUACAGCAAAUACAAUUGGAACAAGAUCUCGAGAAAGUACAACAUGAAAGAGACACAAACAGAACGCGUUUGCUUUCCUACAUUUACACUGCUGAGAAAGAAGCUGAUGACGUAAUUAAAGAAUUUCUAAGAAACAAUGACGAGGAAAGGCAAAGUCAAACUAAACUAUUGGAACAAGAAAAACAAGAAGAGAUGCAAUUAUUGAGCUCCUGCCAUUCAGAACAAUUUAUGCUACGCAUGAAGGAUACUCUUUUUGCAAUGGAGAAGUUGUUGGAGGAGGAAAUGUACAAAGCAAAAAAAUUAGAGGAACAUACAAAAUAUAGAGAUUAUACCGCUCAAUCACUGCUCAUGCUGGAGAUGAGAAACAACGAUUACUUAGUACAAAUAGUGCAUGAUCACGAAAAGAAUAGACAAAAUCUCAUUGAGAGAUUGCGACAAGAUGAAAUUUUGCAAAAAGCGGUGGUCACUGCUUUAUUGGAGCGAAGCGAUACACGUUUCUGGAGCAUUAUUCAGCAAGUAAAUCUAGUACAGUCGCAAUUAGCCGCGCUUACGAAUAUCGAACUUAAGAAAAGGAAAUUGGAGAUCGAUCAACAACUCAAUGAAAUUGCUGACAGACGAGUGGCCUUGACAGCUAUUCUACUUGACCUAUUGGAACAGCAGAAGAUUAGAAGAGAUCAAUUACUAAAGACGAUUAACACAAUAGAGCAACAACGAUAUGAUUCUGAUACGAGACGGGAUAGUUUGUUUUGGUUGAUGCAGUAUCAAUCUUUAAUGGAAACUCGACCGCAAGGAAUGCUGGAAAUGUUAAAACCUACAUUAGUUCGUCAUAUGGCCAUAGCAGGAGUUUUACAUUGUCUUCCAUUUCUGUCGACGUUGCCAUCUUUGCUGCCGAAUAUCACCAACGAGCAGUUAAAAAAUAUUGGCAUAAAUUGCGAUAAAGAUCGUGCCGCCAUAAUGUUGGCGGUUGAGAAUUAUGUAAUGGAACUAAAACUGAACGAAUCAAGAAUACCUUCUGCACCUCCCGAAGAAUCUACAAUACCUUCCGCACCUCCCGAAGAAGCAUCGACCAGUCAAGAUUAUAAUCUUGUUCAGAAUAUUGAUAUGACCGAAUGUGUAAUCUGCUUUGAUUUACAAUGUGAGAUAAUUUUUCUACCUUGUGGACAUCUCUGUUGUUGCUCUUCUUGCUCGGAUAAAGUUUUUGCAGGCUGUCCAAUGUGCAGAAGUCCAAUAACGCAAAAAGUUCGUGUUGUAAAACCUUAAUUCAUAAAUCUUACUCAUUCGUCUUAUUCGCAAAUUAUUCUUCUUCAAGAACAUUAAAAUAUGUUAUUUUUUUGGUCUGUGUAAUCACUCAAAUUUAUUAAUAAACUAUUCGCACAAUAAAGCGGGAAACAAAUA